AUAAAUAGUAUAACAUUUAUCGGGUGUAAACUAACGGGAAAUCAAGUGUAAACUACGUGUUUAUUCCACCUGUUUGUGUUUAUACAUAAAAAAAAGAUAGAUUUGAUAUUACAUUUUAGUACGGAAGCCAUAUAAUUGGAAGUAAUUAAAAAUUUAUGCUUGGUGUGGAUAGACAUGAGAUCAAUGGAGAUAUGAUAGAAUAGAGCACACGUUAUUUUUCUCACGAGGCACAUUUCAGUAUUAAAGGAUAAUAAAGAUGGCAAGACGAAGGCUCGAACAUGCCUUGAUGGCAGGGCAGACUAUUGCUGAAGGUAAGAUGUUCACGAAGAUGUCAGUGGAUCAUACAAUAAUGUUAGAGAAUGAAGCUGGUGGCAUAUACUCUCUACAGUAUUCAUUUGAUGGUAAAUUUCUCGCUGUCGGAUGUGGAAACGGAACUAUAAGGUUAUAUGAACCUAAAUCAGGGAGAAAACUUGGUGAUAUAAGAAAGACUCGGUAUGGUGGUUUUCCUAUCAUGGUGUUAAGAUUUAAUCCUAAAAAUCCAAGUCAUAUAUAUGGUGGUACUUCUGAGGGACAAGUUCUGGAUUGUGACAUAUCAGACUUUGUAAGUGAAGAUGGAAAAGAUAUAGAUUUUAAUCAUAUUCCAAGUGAUAAGGAUGAGCGCUGGAAGGAAAUCAUAACAGAAAAGAAAGGUUUAGAGAAAAAUGAAAUAAAUUGUAUGGACUUUGAUUACACAUACACAAGAUUUGCUACAGCUGGAAAAGAUCUGAGUGUCAGAAUCUAUGAUGUUCAAACAAGUCAGUUGGUAAAUGAAUAUACAGGGUAUGAUAACACUAAAGACCCGACAAACCAGCAGUUUUCUGGAUGUAGCCAGCGAGUAUUUUCACUGAGGUUUCACCCUGAAUAUGAUGAUAUAUUUGUCACUGGUGGCUGGGAUAGACAACUCAAGAUUUGGGAUGCAAGGUCUAAUGAUGGAGUUAAGAGAACUAUUCAUGGACCACACAUUUGUGGAGAUUCCCUAGAUUUAAAGGGUUAUAAAAUACUGACAGGAUCGUAUGUUGGGCAUGACGCCCUUCAGAUCUGGGAUUAUAGUACAGAUUAUGGAGCAAGCACGAAGAAUAAGCCAAAGUUAAUUGAUUUCCCAGCUGGACCAAAUGGUCCAUUCAUAUACGCAUCUCAAUUCUGUGACAAUGAUGUUGUAGUAGCUGGUGGUAGUGGAACUAAUAGUGCAAUGGCAAUUAAUUCAGAGACCAAUGAGGUACUUGGGGAGGUUAAAUUUGAUCAUCCGGUUCAAGCCAUUGAUACAUUUAAUGGAGGAAGAAUGUUUGCUGUGGGAGACGGUAAAAGAUGUCUCAAGUUGUGCAGUCUUCACUAAACAAUUAUUCUACAUUUAAAACUUUAUAAUGUUCAUUAAACUAAAGGUGGACACAAGUAUUAUAGUUGCAUGAAAUUAAGUAUUUAAAUGUAACUGAAAAACAAAAUGCAUUUUUGUUUGUUUUGGCCUUGGAAAAAAGGCAUUGUAAGAAAAGUCGCUACUCAGCAUAAGGUGUUUUGACAUUAAUGUCAUACAUAUCCUUUAUGUUGAAAGGCAGUAUGACAUUGUUAUAUGAUAAAUAUCUUGACAUUGAACAAGAAUGUUUGACAUUAAUGUAUUCCAUUGUAUUUUGAUCUAGAAUCUUGAAGGUGUUACAGAGUAAAGAGCUUGAUAUAUUAAACAGAAUAUUUUAUAAUGAUUAAUUUGACUUUAACAUUUCAAAGUUUUGUUUUUAAAAGAUUGUUUCUGUACCUGAGUUCUUGUUAUCUUAAGAGCUGAAUUGCUAAGUAUUAUUAAUAAUAUUUGUGGCAAACAUAUUUUGACAGUAUCAACAAUAUGUUGAGCAAUACAGAUAUGACUACAUCAUUUUAUAUACAGGAAAUGUUGGCCUUUAACAGAGUCUUUUUUGUUUGAUGAUUGCCGUAUUAUGAAGAAAAAAAAAGAAAUAUUUUAUAUGUUGUUUAUAUUUAGAUGGAUCAGUGGUAUGAUAUAAGACAUUUCUGGAAAUAAGUCAGCGGUUCUUCUCUUAUAUUAUGCAGACUUGUUAACAUUUAAAAAAGGUAAUGUUGAAAUCAUGUCAUGUGUUUUUUGCCAAUCUAGUAAAUAUUUUAAACAGCCGUAUGUCAUUGGAACUGUUCUCAAUUUUAAAAAAGCUUAUUUCCAGGACAAGUUUUAAGGUUCAAAGCUGAUAUUUGUCAGGAAAUCAUUUCCAUCAUCCUGAGUAUAGUAUAUUUUUGCAUAAAUGGUUGUCAAUGAGCUUAUUAUGUGACACAUAUAAACAUUUUUAUAAGUCAUAGUAUUUUGAAAAUUGUAAAAAAAGCACAAAAGUAAAACUUUAAAUGAUUUAUGUGCCUGUAAGAUAUAACUAAGUAUUAUAUUACAAUUCCAAAGAAGUUAUUACUAUUAUAAAGCAUUCCGUCCAUGUAUACGUAUUGUCUCAAUAUUUAAUUUUGUAAAACUCUAUUUGUACAAUUUGUGAUACUCAAAAGCUUCAAAUAUAUUUCAUACUUUAAUUUUAAAUAAUGUAUCAUUAUGCAAUGAUUAACAUUCCAACCAGGGUUAUAUCAUACUUGCUACAAUUAUAUUGUAACUUUAUGUUUGAAGAUUCAUCAUUCCGUCCUGUAGCAGAAUAUAUAUUUUUGAAUGAUAUAUACACAUAUGUGUUAGUGAUACUGCUGGCUUUACUUUCAUUCUGAUUUUGUCAUCGUGUUGCUGAUUCUAAAAAUAAAUAUUUUGAUAUGUUUC